AUGCCCUUCCUCAAGCAAGGGGUAACACUCAAGGCCGCUUUUACUAUAAAUGUUGAAAUAUUUUACGCUAGAAUGAGUUGGAUAGAUAUUUCAUUGAUGGGCCUUGAAUAUUUAGCACUAUUCAUUGACUAUAAAAUCUGUGGACCUGAUAAGAAUAUCGUGAGUUCCACAGAAGGAGUAGCCAACGUUCCCGGAAACCGCAAAUCUCUAUCUUUGAAAAUUAGUAAGAUAUCCCGUAAGGACAGCCUAUACGAUCAUAGCAGGCUCGCCCUGCAGGUCAUGGAUGUCACCUUCACCAACGUACUGGAGGGGGCGCGACAGUACUUCCAGGGGCUGCCGGCGACCGGCGCAGGCGCGGCGGUGAGCCCCGCCUACUCCGCGGAGGCGGCACCGCAAGGGGGCGGGGCGGCCGGCAUGCCGCAACCCUCGUCGAACGUCUAUUGGCCGCCGCGGGCCGCAGAGGCCGCCCCGCGACCGCCUAACAGAGACCACGCCCACAAGCAGGCCGCCUCCCACAAUCCCGAUUCUUCCAGACAACCGACGUCUGCUUCCCGUUUGGCUCAGCAAUACUCGCAGAAUGUCGCGCAGGAUCAGAGCAGGAAUCUCUAUCCAGGUUCAUACCAGGACCAUUACCAGAAUGCUUCACUGUCGAAUCAACACCACCAUCAUCCUCAACAGCAGCAAAUGCAACAGCACCACCACCAACAGCAACAGCAGCAUCAUCAGCAGCAGCGGCAACAACAUCAACAGCAACAACAUCAGCAGCAACAACAGCAGCCGCAGCACCAACAAAAACAGAACCAUCAGCAGGCAUCUCUUCAACCGCAAGAACAGCAAUUCCAGUUCUCUCGUCCCCAAGUCAGAGAGACGACUACAAACUACCCGCAAUAUCAGUCACAUAUCUCUACAGGUUCCCCUUACCAACAAUCUCAAUCUCCUUAUCAUCAAGUUCCUUCCCCGCAACAACCUCGCGCACCAUCGAGGGAGCAAAUAGUACCGAGAGUACCGUCGCGAGAGCAAUCCAUUCCUAGAGUACCUUCAAGGGAGCAACUAGUGCCGGCAGCUUCGCCCAGAGAACAGCAGUACCAAGCUUCAGAAUACCAUCAAGCGCGUUCCUACUAUCCCCAAACUACUCAAAGCAAGCCCGUUCCUAGCGCUCCGACGUACAAACCUUCCAAUCAGCAAGCCUAUCCACCGUUGUCCCAACAGAAUAAGUACUAUAAGCAUAUUUAUUCGCCGCAGCAGAGUCACCAAUCAGUGUACGCUGGUUCAAGACAAGAAGAACAGAGUGUAAUAAGUAAUGCGGCAGAUCAAGGUACCAGAACAACGCAUAAUUUGCCUCCGAUAGCAGCAAUAUCGAAUUAUCAUUCCAUUCGAGGUAGUAAUAGAGAGCCUGCCAGGCCCGCUACUAGUACCAGUUCUCGAACAAAAGCCCCCACUUCCUAUAUUCCAAAUACUGUACCUGUAACGAAUAGCUCUAUCAUACAGCCAAAUCCAGCAGCGGUGGUAUCGAGCUACCAAGACUACAACAGAUCUUACUCUUCUCAAUCGUACCAGCAAACGCAAACAGCUACGGCCCAAUCCUACACCAACGUUAUAAUGACCUCGACGAACACAUCGAAUUAUUAUAACGCCAGUCAAGGACAAUCUUCCACUCGAUCCUUCCAACCUUCUAGAUCUCAAGCCAAUACCGAAACGAGGCUUCCUAUCCAAAUGGACAACAACGCAAACGGCAGAGUGGCAGUAAAACGAGAAUCUCCGCUGGAUCUAUCGGUGAAAACUGUAAGAACACCAGCCGAUUCGACGCUAGGAGAAGCCGAGCACGACGGCAGGAACAAGCAGUUUUACCAAAGCAUCCGACCCACUCAAACUUUAUCGACGCACAACUAUCCCCAGCUGGACGUGAAUUCUUUUCAGCGAAAUAUCACGCAGAGGUCGGCCAACAUGCCUACGGCGACAGCUCCCAAAGUCGAAUUCAGACCCAAUUUCAACGUGCCGUCCAUGAACCAUCAAUCCAGAAGGCCGGCCGAGGAACCUAGGCGAAACGUUCUCCCUGAGAAGGCUCAUUCCAGUAACAACAGACUGGUUGACAAGAACCUGCAGCACAGGUAUCCAGCAGGAACCGUGCCUACUACAGCUCACGUCAACUCCUACAUCCAGGCCAAGAAUAAUACGCCUCCAGUUAACAUGAACGACAUGCAAAAGAAAAGGGCAGCCGAUGUACCGUUAGCUUCAUUACCGAACAAAGUUCCCAAGGUCGAGGACGCCCUGUGGCAUUCGAUAGACUUGCAGAUAGAAGAGAGGUUUUCCAGUUACAAACAACAACAAGCCAAAAUGUCCAACAAGAUGACGAGUCCGGCGGUGAACGGUUCGUAUCCAGAACGUCCCAAAGAGCAAGCGUACUCCGGUUACCAGAAACAAAGCUACGGCAAUGCGUCGCAGCAUUCCGGCUACGGCCAAUAUCAGGCCCAAACGAAUCACACUCAGACAUACGUACCCACACCUACAGGCAAUCAGUAUCCUGGGUACUCGUUUCCUUCUCAGCAGCCUCCCAAUUCGUACCAUCAGUCGUCCUCGCGACCGUAUUCCACUUCCUCGAACACCGUGGGCAAUGUUCCGAAGAAUAAUAUGGGCGGUGCUGUGGAUAAAAGGGUGCUCAGCUUGUUGAGGAACAGCUUAGAGGUCAAGGGUCAAAAGAAACUUGAGCAGCAGAAGUCUAACGAGAAUUCGACUCAGUAUCCCAGACCAGACGUUCAGCACCCUUCUACUGAUGUCACGGCCCCGCUGCAACCGAAACCAGGUUUCAUAGGCCGGAACAACGUUUCCCCGUUCACUCCUACCAGUUUUCCCGAUAACAGCAACAUAGGAUCUAUGUACAAGGUGCAUAAUAUGCCGAAGGCCGUCGAUUCUAUCAACUUUGGCAUCAACAAAACCAACCAAGCUGGUGAAAAACAAACUAUGGACACUGUGAUAACCAAUCAUAAUAACCACAUGAGCUCCGACUAUGACGGUCUGGCUGCUGCCUUUCUGGCGGCCAGGAUACGAACCAAGGGCGAGUUGAAGCAAGGAGGGCCGACUACUCAGAACAUCAGCACCAGCGAGAAGAGCCAGCUGGAAGACUUGAUAGAAAGUCAGCUAAAGUCUCCUUUGAAACAGGACACUUCUUCGAAUUAUUGUAGCAGCGGUAGCACCACACUCUCGAGCAGUCCUAGCAAAGCGCACAAGGAGCGGCCCAGGAAACGACUGUUCAGCAGGAACGAAGAAGACCCCAAUAAUUUCACCGUACCUCCCAGAGAUAAAUCUGGGCUCAGGAGUUCUUCCGAGACUUCCGUGUUUGACUUUCCCGACUCCGAUUCCGAAUACGACACAGCCGGUAGGGAAUCCCUGGAAGCUAUGAGGAAAGGAAGAAAGACGUCCAAACAAAGCACGCCCGUUAUGGACAUGAAGGCCGAAUCUCCGCAGAGACCUUCUAGUCCUGGCGACAACAUAUUCGCGAAACUCUGUGAUAAUUUUGUGGAGCAAUUGAAGAGCGGUGUAGGUAAGAAAAGUACUAAGAAGAAGAAGGGUCUCGAACCGAUGGUGCUUGCAAACUUGGAGACUGUUGCGAAGAAAGAACAACUAGAAAGCGCUGUUCAAAUCAAAGUUGAAGUUUUGGAGGAUGAUGAAAUCACGGAUAAUAAAAUGGACGACUUCUUACACCUGCCGAAAAGUGAACCUGCAGAGGAAGAAUCGAAACCUGAUACAAAAAUAGAUUUGAUUUCGAAAAUCGAAAUUGACUUGGCUAAUCAAGAUGAUAAAACGGAAGACGAUCCCAUUUUCAUAACCAAGAAAAAGAACGUAAGAAGGAGAUUAGUAUCUUCAAGUGAUAGUAGUGAUAAUGAAAGCGAAGAAAAAGUGGAAAUCAAACAAGAAACUGAAUCUGAAAACAACAACCGAGUAGAAGAACAAUCAAACGCAGUGACAAUUGAAGCUGAUGUUCCUCAAAAAAUUAACGAGGUACUGCCGAUCGUUCAACCUACCAGAAAACCGUCAUUCGGAGAUGGUUCCGACUUUUACCCGGGGUGGGAAGAAGAGGUUUGCAAAUAUAAAAAGUCUCUUCGUAUGCCCCCUUCCCUUAUACAAGUUACCAGACCUCCUCAGUUCCACAGGCUGUCGACGUCACUUCCUGACUUAGAUCCUUGUCCACAUUCCCCCACAAUGUCAAUACCCACAGACGAUAAAGAGAGCAAAGAAAACAAAACCAAGCUGAAGAAAAUGAAGUCUGAAAUUUUAGAUAGCGACAACGAAUCAAACUCGAGCUUUAACGUUUUAUUCGGCAAGAAAACCAAUUACGAUUCCGAGGGCAGCUUGUCGAUAAGAAGUUUGCCGAACACAGCCAAGGAAAUGUCUAUCUUGGAUAAACUUCUGGAGAAAUGCGGCGGCAGGAAGAGAAAGAAAUACAAGAGGAAAGACGAUCACAGUCCUAAGGUGAUCCCGAAAGCUGGCAAUCCCAUCGAACUGCUACCCACUCCGAGUCUAGAGCUCAAGGAAGAGAAGGGCAAAGCAACCAAGAAGCUGUCCAGCUCUCCCAUCAUCAAAGCCCAAUCGCCGCUGCUCGGUUUCAGGAAAUCCACCAUAAGCAAUUUCAAGGACGCCUUCAUCAAAAGAUCCAGCAACAUUCUUGGAGUUAACGAAUUCACUACAGUAGUGAUGAAUUCGAGGACGAGGAGGGAAACUAGGGUGCAAAAACAGAGGGCCACAAUCAAGGAGGUGUUUGGGGAAGACCGACCAGCUUCCGCACCCCCUGUCACUUGCAUAAACGAUAUCCAAAUCCAGAUAAAGGAAGAGGUGACUGACGAAAAUUGCCCCAACAAUUUGGUGGUGAAGCUAGAGAAGAGCUAUGGCAUCAAGAAGGAAGAAGAAAUUGGCGAUACGCCGUUCGAAGAUGCGAAAAGCAGGAAGAAAGACGAGAGCUUGUUCAAGGCGAUCGUAGAGAAGAAGAUAAAGACUGAGAUCGAAGAAGACUCGCUAAUAGAAGACGACACUAGGAGUCUGGAUAAUCUAACUAUAAAAUCUGAGACGCUCUCGUUGGAUGGUGAUGAUGUGAGCAUAUCGGGAAAGAAGAGAGGGAAGUUCGGGAAGAUGAGGCGGAAGCUCAGUUCUGGUUUCGAUUAUAUAAGGAAAAAGAAGAAAGUGAAGAAGGAGAGUUUGGAGAAUGAAAGCGGGGAAAAGAAGAAAAAGAAAAACGUUGUGUCGAAGACCUUGGAGUCUGUCGAUGAUAUCCAGAAGGAGAUCAAAACUUGGGUGCUGAAUAAAGGUAUCGGAGAGACUCAUCUUCACCGAGCAGCUAGGUCAGGAUUAACGGAUGUGACGGCUUAUUGUCUGGAAAAAAUGGAAAGCAAUCCAUCACCGAGAGACAAUGCAGGGUACACACCGCUACACUGGGCUUGCUCGAAGGGUCACCUCGAUAUUGCCAAACUUUUACUCUUAUAUGGUGCUAAUCCCAGUGAAAGUGCACAAGGUGGCAUCAGGCCACUCCACGAAGCUGUCGAGAACGGUUUCGUAGAAAUCGCCAGACUUCUGUUGUCCUACGGCGCAGAUCCCACUUUGGCCACCUACUCAGGACUGACGCCGUUGGCUUUAACGAACGACGAAGCCACCAAAGACUUCCUCAAGAACCACUUGAACGACGUCGAAGGCGAACCCAGUUCGUGUUGGUACUCGUUCGGACCGGCAUCCGUAUUCGAUCCGGUCGACCAGAUCGGCUUCGACCCCCUGGAAGCCGCUCCUACCCCCUCCCCUCAACCCCUCGCAGCAGAAGAAGAAGACCUCGAGUUCGAGCUGUCCGAACAGCUGCUGCCCAACCUUUACACCUUGCGCUCGGAACCGCCCACCGACCGCUGGGUCCUUCUUCAAGACCUCUCCACCAUCUUGAAGAUCAAAUCGCGAGACGCGCUGCUCAAACAGCUGUCCGCCACGCCAUCUAGCGGCAGUUCUAGCUCCUCGGGCAACGUCGCUGCCACUUCGGGGAAUGUCGUUGCCAGUUCGGGGAAUGUCGCUGCUGCGCGCGCGGUGAUGCGCGAGCUCAAGAUGUCGGACUUUUUGGAGCAGGCGCACUGUUGCCAGUUCUUGAACGCCGGCGAGAAGAUCAACACGCGCGCGUCGAAGAUAGCGUUGGUGAAGUACACUGAGAAGGUGAAGGAGCUGCUGAAUGUGGAGAGUGUGGUGAUCGAGGCCAGGUGACCGGGGUCGGAUUGUUGAGACGAUUGAUUGGUGAAUCGUAGACUCGGGUUACCGUUUUCUGAGUAUACCGGGUGAAAAGGAAAGUGUUGGCCUGAGCGUCGUUCGGUUAUUCUUCAUGUUAGACUUCUCACGUUUGGAUUAGAGAUAUUUCUUGAAACCAUGUGCCGUCAUUGAUCAAAUUUUCGUGCAAACUAAUAAUAGUACAAAAACGAAGCACUUUGAUGAUUGUUUGAUGGAACAUGCUAACUCAUAUGUGAACUUUUCGAUUCAUCUGGAUUCCUUUCAGUUAUUGUCUCUCAUGACAUUUUUUUUAUGAAACUUUUUCAAAUUGAUAUUGAAGUAUGAGUCAGUAUCGACAUAUAUUUGCUUGACACACCUAAAUAACUUCAUCUGCAUAAUAAAUAUUUUUUUCAAAAACAUAUUGAAAACAAGAGUCAUAGUGUAUCAAGAAUUUAUCUGCAGAUACUGACUUAUAUUUCAAUAUCAAUUUAAAGAAGUUCAAUUUGCUAUAUAAAAUUCUGAAGAAAAUCUAAGAGGAAUGAAGUAAUUUGAAUGAAUUUCUAGUAAUCCUGAUUGGCCAUGUAUCAACAUCUAUGUUUCAUCGAAACUGGUUAGACAUUCGUUCGUUUAUCUGCUAUUUCAUUAAAUUGCUUGUAGGAAAUUCAAUCAAUAACGGCACAGUGUCGCCAUAUUGAUUUUAGAAAAAAGGUCUCCUGAGCCGCCAUUUUGAAAACAAAUGUGCACUUGUGACAUGUCUUCCAAUGGUGAAUUUUUUGCUUUAUCCAAAUAAAGUGAGAAUAUCUACAGGGUUCUAUCGAAAAUUCUCGACUUAGGUCGUCUAUUUCCGGUAAAACCGGAUGUGUUGAUAAAUUUUCUUUAUGAACAAUAUGGGUUUCAGGGAACUUUUUCUCCGAUCCAAAUGUCGAAAAAUCCAACAUGGAAAACAACUGAAUGACGCACUCGCCAAUGAUAAUUUUUUCACCCCGUAGUUUCGUGAUAUUAUCUUUUCAAUGUGAUUCAGGUUUGCAAUUUUUGUUGGAGAUGGGACAUUGACAUUUUUGUUGCAAGAAUUUAUGUGGAUUGUUUUUUGAGUUUCUUUGCUUCCAUACACAGUGAUAUUUUUUAUGUGUUGUUAUAGUAUAUUAUACUAGGUGUCCCAAGUUAUCGUAUACAGGCAAUAUCUCGCUUAUUUGACAAGAUACAUGAAAAAUUCAAAACCUGCAUUGAUUGGCAUUGGAGUACCUUCCUAAUGACAUAUGGAAAAAUCUAUUACAUUUCACAGCUCUCUAGCAGCUAUCCCCCACUUUUUAUUAUCAAAUCGCACCCCCUGUGAAUUGCCAUUGAAAAUUGCGUGUUAUUAUAACAAGAAAAGCAGCAACUUUUAAUGUAUGAAUUUCAACUAAAAUAUCUCUCAUUAGAAUCAAAAAUUGAACUCAAUAUCACAGCAACUCUUCAAAACUAUUUUGACAUGAGUAACAUCGGCUUUUUGAAGCAAAGAACAUGAGCGGAGGCAAUUUUUCAUUUUCAUAAGAAGAAACUUGAACCAAGUCACAAAAUGUUGAUAUUCUUGUCAUCAAUAACAAAUACCAAGUAUUGUAUACAGGGUGUCCCUAGACCAGUGGGACAGUUGAAUAUCUCCUGAACCAAUAGGAAUUUUCAGAAUAUUAUAAUUUCACAUCAUAUCGCAUUAUGAGUGCUAACUUCAGGAAUGACUAUAUUUUCUACGAGGGGCGCAAGAAAGGCUCACAAAAGCGAACAUCAAUUUUUUCCAAUGGUACACCCUGUAUUUCAUUACAUUUUCAACAACACUUGGGGUCUAGUGGGAAUGAUUUCCGAGAUCAAGGGUGUGGAAAAUCGAGAUUUUUCAUUUUUGGGAAUUUUUUGUGUCAAAACUAUUCAUUAUUGGUCAAAACGGCUUACAUGUCCAUGUCUUAAAUUUUGAUUUACUAUUCACUCGUAUUUAAUUGAAACAAAUACAGGGUGGUGUAGAAUUCUCAGUUUCAGUCAGAAUUCUACACCACCCGGUAUUUGUUUCAAUUAAAUACGAGUAAAUAGUAAAUCAAAAGUUAAGACAUGGACAUGUGAGCCGUUCUGACCAAUAAUGAAUAGUUUUGACACAAAAAAUUCCCAAAAAUGAAAAAUCUCGAUUUUCCACACCCUUUAUCUCGGAAAUCAUUCCCACUAGACCCCAAGUGUGCUAGGUCGUUGAAUUCAGCUCUUCAAGGAGAAUAUGAAAAUGCAAUGAAAUACAGGGUGUACCAUUUGAAAAAAUUGAUGUUCGCUUUUGUGAGCCUUUCUUGCGCCCCUCGUAGAAAAUAUAGUCAUUCCUGAAGUUAGCACUCAUAAUGCGAUAUGAUGUGAAAUUAUAAUAUUCUGAAAAUUCCUAUUGGUUCAGGAGAUAUUCAACUGUCCCACUGGUCUAGGGACACCCUGUAUAUUCCAAAUUGAAUGACAUGUAAUUUCCAAUGACAAUUUACAGGGGGUGCCAUUUGAAAAUAAAGUCUGGGGAAGCUGCCAAAGAACUGUACAAUGCAAUAGAUUUUUGUAUUUCAUUAGGGAAGGUACUUCAAUGUUAUUCAAUGCAGUUUUUGAAUUUUUCAAAUAUCUUGUCAAAUAAGCGAGAUAUUGCCUGUAUACGAUAACUUGGGACACCCGGUAUAUACCAGUACACGUGGCGAAUGUGCUAAGGACCUUCAUUCGAGCAAAAUACAAAUUGGAACUUUCUCAUUUUAACUGACACCUUGUAUAUUUUUUCUGUUUUCAAAUUUUUUCCAAAUAUACAGGGAAACGUCACUUCCAAUUCAAGUUCAUAAUAUUGCAGUAGGCUACGAAAUUUUGUGUUACCUUGAUUUUUGUGACCUGAUGCGAUUCUCUUGAUUUGAAAUUUUAACUGACAUUUUAUCAUUGAAUACAAAGUGUUAUAAUAAAUAAUAUAUUAUUGGAAAGGUUUUUUUGAGUAGAACUCUCAAACUGAGAAAAAUAUACAGGAUGUCACUUUUCAAUAAGAAUAUCAGUGUAAAUCUGAAAACAUAGUAUCAAAUGGAAUAUUUUCAAAUGUCUCCAAGCUACAUUUCUUUUUUUGUACAAAAUUCUUAUGAGCCCAAUAGGCUAUUGGAUUCAUGUAUAUUUUCUUUCAUGUUUUUGUUUAGUAUUUUUGAAAGUUUAUUUAUUUUAGAUUGUAUAAAAUAAGUUACCAGCUUUUUUAGACAAUUUUACAAAAGAACUGUAGGCUUUAAUAUAACGAAGUAAAUUUUUAUGUUGUGGAAGUGCAAUCGUGAAUGUGUGAGAAUUAUACAGGGUGAUACUGAAUGGAAGAUAUUUGGGAAUGAUUUGACAUAUGAUUAAGAUUAUUUGGUAUUUGUGCAAGUAUUUAGCAAAUACUAGAAUUGUAGCAAACAUUUUUUUGGCUUGGCAACACCAAACUUUCAUUUUUUACUUUCCUAAAAGAUAUUUCAAAAUCCUAAUAUUUAUAUUUCGGAAUUUUUAUUUUAAUUUGGAAGAAAAAAAAAAAAGAAUAUUUGAUCUCCAGACAUGUUUUUAUCAAUCAUCAAUGAUAUUUCAAUAUUAUGAAGUCUUAAUUUCAGUCUAUCAGGAAAAAAUGAGCAUGUUUUUCACAUUUCUCUAAAAUUUCCAUUAAUGAAAAUAAGAGUUUUUUCAAUUAAUUUCACGGCGUUAAAAUAUUUCACUAUUAAAAACCUUCCAGAUAAAUUCUUCACUUUUAGUCAGUGACAGCUUGUUUGUAAAAGUUUGAAAAAGUUUUGGAAAGGGAAAGUAUAGGUAAAAUGAAAAAUAUCAAAAUUUUCACUUAUCUUUGCAUUGUUGCUUCCAUUUUCAACCUAAAAACAGAAAUGAGGAAGCAAAGAUGAGUAAAAAUUUGAAUAUUUUUCAAAAUCAUUGCUCCUCUUCAUUUUCAAACAAUUUAUCAUUCACUAUUAGUGAGAAAAACCUCAAGGUAAAAUAUUCAUUUCACUAGAUUUGUUGAGUUUCUCUGUCCUCGUCUACAGGGUGUCCAGAGAUAAAACUGACAAAACCUAUGGAGUUAUAGGAACUGCCAAUAUGAUUGCAAAAUGCCAUUUGCAAAUGUCCAACACCUCCUCAUAACAAACAUACAGAGUGAUUAAUGGAUUUUGACAUAAAAUUCAAUCCGUCAUAUUGAAUACAGGGAUUACCCGAUUCGGUUCAAAUUUGGUACAUGAAUUGAACUCAAAGACCUAAACAAGUAGCUCUUUGAACGAAACCAAUAACAGGACCGGAAUAUUAUUUUUUUUCUUAUAUUGAGUUAUUGUGAGAAUAACUCACCCUGUAUAAUAAUUAUAAGAAAUCUGAGGUCAUAUUAUGAAUUUUCGGGGAAAAUACUAUAGGAACUUGUUGAGAAAGUUUCUGGCAAGAUAUCGGUCAUUCCGUAAUGAAUUAUUAUUAAAAUUCUUUCCUUAAUGCCGGAUAAAAUAGCAAAAAAUGAAUAUACAAUGAAUAUUUACGAAACCAAAACAUAAUUGUUGUUAUUUUCUUUGAUAACUACGUAGAUAAAUUUUAUAAUUUACUCUCGUGACCUAAAAAAACUGAAGAAUACAUUCGUAUCAGGACCGUAAUGACUCUUUUUCAUGUUUUUCUAAGUAUAAGGUGUCCUUAAAAGGUCCGUACAACAUCUUUUUCAACAAGUUCCUAUAGUAUUUUUCCCGUAGAUUCAUAAUAUGACUUCAGAUUUUUGGUAAUUACUAUACAGGGCGAGUUAUUCUCACAAUAACUCAACAUAUGAAAGAAAUAAUAUUCCGGUCCUGUUAUUGGUUUCGAUCUAAUGGCUACUUGUUGAAGCCUUUGAGUUCAAUUCAUGUACCAAAUUUGAACCCAAUCGGGUAAUCCCUGUAUUUAAUAUGGCAGAUUGAAUUCUAUGUCAAAACCCAUAAAUCACUCUGUAUGUCAGUAAUGAAGCGGUUUUGGACAUUUGUGUAUGGCAUUUGGCAAUCAUAUUGACAGUCCCUAUAACCCUAUAAGUUUUGUCUCUGGACACCCUGUAUGAAUAUAAAUAUAAAUUAUUUCGAUAUAUUAUGUAUAUAGAAAUGAGAAAUAGGAUGAUUGGCCCCAAAAUUUCACUGUUACUGCAUAUACCGGGUGUCAACGAAUCUAUUAGACAAGUCAUAACUUCUAGACCAUUAGGUGUAUCAAAAUGAGAUUUGGUAUAGGUAAAUGGUAUGUGUAGAGGAGAGUUUUCACAUAUUUUUCACUCUCCGGUCACUUCCGGUUUCACCGGAAAUGGCUCCAGUUCUAAAUUUUUAAAUGGAACACCCUGUAUAUUGUAACAUUUUCGGAUUUCUGAGACAAUUCUAGAUCAGAUUGUGACAUUUUCGGAUAUGUCUAUUUAAUUUUUUCGGAGUCACUUUUGAAAUUACAUCUAGGUGGCCAUGAUCGGAAGUAAACUAAUCUAAGGACCUCAGGUGAUAUCAGAAAAUUACAAUCGCGAAGUUUUAGUGACAAGUAUGAUAGAUAUGAAUAAGACAAGUUGGCAAAAUUACGUUUUCGUGUCUAACUAUUAUUUUUCAAAUGGCGACCAUUUUUUGACAAGCACUUUCCGAAAAAAGGAUAUUUUGACUAAUCUAACGAUACUAAUUUAUUGCGAUUGGAUUAUAAAUAAGAAUGAAAUAAAUUAAAUAUUACUGACGAAAAUACUUCAUAUUAAUUCAUUUACUUUUGUCAAGUGUGCCAUGGAUGAUAAUUCAUUUACUUGUAAGCACUUCCCGAAAAAAGGAUAUUUUGACGAAACGAUACUAAUUUAUUUGCGAUCGGAUCAACAAACUUAACAAAAUUAACAAUAACUUCAGCGAUGCACUUACAUUUUUUUCAAUUUCCUAAUUUCUUAAAGUUUUCACUAUAAAUUUUCAAAGUGCAUUCCUCCUUGUUCAAGACACAUAUUUAAUAUUUAAUUUAUGUCCUUAUUUGUAAUCCAAUCGCAAAUAAAUGAGUAUCGUUAGAUUCGUCAAAAUAUCCUUUUUUCGGGAAGUGCUUGUCAAAAAAUGGUCGCCAUUUGAAAAGUAAUAGUUUGACAAGAAAAUGUAAUUUCGCCAACUUGUCUUAUUCAUACUUGUCACUAAAACUUCGCGAUUGUGAUUUUCUGAUAUCACCCGAGGUCCUUAGAUUAGUUUACUUCCGAUUAUGGCCACCUAGAUGUAAUUUCAAAAGUGACCCCGAAAAAAUAAAGUAGGCAUAAAAACUUUCGAAAAUGUCACAUUAUGAUCUAGAAUUGUCUCCAAAAUCCAAAAAUGUUAUAAUAUACAGGGUGUUCCAUUUAAAAAUUUAGAACCAGAGCCAUUUCCGGUGAAACCGGAAGUGACCGGAAAAUGAAAAAUAUGUCAAAACCCUCCUCUUCACAUACCAUUUACCUAUACCAAAUCUCAUUUUGAUACACCUAAUGGUCUAGAAGGUAUGACUUGUCUAAUAGAUUCGUUGACACCCGGUAUAUUGAACUAAUACUCAAAUUUUUGUUCAUAGAAACUAGGAGAGAAACAUGAUUAGAAAGUUGCAAUGGCCUCACAAAGAUUUCGGUAAAAUCUUGAAUAUUUGCUAGAUACACAAAGGACCUCGCACGAAAACACGGUAAAUUGGCUUUCGGUCGAAUUGGCUGAAAUUUAACUAUGUUAUUGUGGGAUGACUCAUUAGAGAAAUAUGUGAGUUUGAAAAGUUUUGUAUGUUUAGUUUCUGAGAUAUAAGCCUACAAAGUUCGUAAAAACGUCGUAUCGGGGUAGGAUUGACGAAGAAAAUAACUGUUUUUUAGUAUAAAUAAGACAAAAAAAGCUAUAAAAUGUAUUGAUCGGAACUCAAAUACAUGUCUAGUUUUGACCACAUGGAUUGUAGUAAAUCAGGGUGUAUACGAGGCACGGUCAAAAAAUUCAUUUUUCGGAAAAAAAAAAUUCGAGCACUAUUCCAAAACCAACAAGUUAUAUUUUGGUGAGACAUUAUAGUUUUAGUCUAUUGUAGGCUUCGAAAACGUAUUUUGAUUCUUGAUAACUAUCUCUGUUCGAUGAAUUCUUUGAAUUUUGUGUUAUACCCCUUUUUGAAAACAAUUGAAAGCUUGUUUUUGAUCACAAAGAAAGGGAUUGAUUGAUACCGUUGAUUGAAUGAAAGCUGAGGAAACUCACUAACGAAUUCAGUUGUUCAAUAUUGCCUUUCAUUUAGAUACAGGGUGUGUAAGAUUUUGUUGAAGAUUAUUUAACAUGUUUCAAUUGAAUAUCUCGAAAACAGUUCCGUUAAUUUGGAUCUCAUUUUACAUACAUUAUUUUGAAUAUGUUGACCAUCAUAUGCGAAAAGUUUUUCAAUUUUUUAUGUCUCGUUUCUGAGAUAUCAAUUUUUGAUAGUGAUAUCCGAGGUAAUAACACUAUAAUACCUGUAAUAAUGUAGUCUCAAAAAUGCAUAUCUCAGAAACGAAACAUAAAAUAUUGAAAAACUUUUUGCAUAUGGUAGUCAACAUUUCGAAAAUAGUGUGUGUAAAAUGAGAUCCAAAUUAACGGAACUGUUUUCGAGAUAUUCAAUUGAAACAUGUUAAAUAAUCUUCAACAAAAUCUAACACACCCUGUAUCUAAAUGAAAGGCAAUAUUGAACAUCUGAAUUCGCUAGUGAGUUUCCUCAGCUUUCAUUCAAUCAACAGUAUCAAUCAAUCCCUCCCUUUGUGAUCAAAAACAAGCUGUCAAUUGUUUUCAAAAAGGGGUAUAACACAAAAUUCUAAAAACUCAUAUUUCGAACAGAGAUAGUUAUCAAGAAUCAAAAUUCAUUUUCGAAGCCUACAAUAGACUAAAACUAUAAUGUCCUACCCAAAUAUAACUAAUAUCUUCCCUUCUUUGGCUCGAAUUUUUUACCCGAAAAAUGAAUUUUUUGACCGUGCCUCGUAUACACCCUGAUUUACUAUAACUCAUGUGAUUAUAACUAGACAUGUCUAUGAGUUCCGAUCAAUACAUUUUCUAGCUUAUUUUGUUUCAUUUAUACUAAAAAACAGUUUUUUCCUUGUCAAUCCUACCCCGAUACGACGUUUUUAAGAACUUUGUCGGCUUAUAUCUCAGAAACUAAACAUACAAAACUUAUUAAAGUCACAUGUUGUUUUAAUGAGCCAUCCCACAACAACAUAGUCAAAUUUCAGCAAAUUCGACCGAGAGCCAAUUUCCCGUGUUUUCGUGCGGGGUCCUUUUUCUUAUUUCAUGGUUUUCAUCUAUAUCACCCCGUGAAUAAUUAUAAGUUGUUUCAAACUAAAAUCAAAUGAUACUCAAAUGAGUAGGUAUUGUAAGAUAAUUGUUAUCAAAACGCUCAGGGACCGUACUCUUUUUUCGAGUAAUGUACUAAUAAUUUGUAUAGUAAUAUUUCGCUCGUUUCGAGUAUUCAAAAUGACAAAAAAAUACUUGUAAAUAUAUUCCUACUAAAGGUAUUUUCCAAGGCUGAAGAGCCCCUUUUUCUAUAUGAUAGAUAAUGAAUGUGAAUUAGAUGGUGGGUCGCGAUAAGAAAAAAGUUUUCCGUGAAUGAAAAUUCCUUCAAAAUAACGAUAAAUCUUCAGAAGGUUCCGAAUCAAUCACGAACCAGUUUUUGAUUUUUUCGAUCCGCCCUGUAUAUGUGUUUUUCUUAAUGUAGAGCAUCAAUUCGUUCUGCUUUGUAUAAUCUUUGGGUAAUUUGUACAGUCGAUGAGAAAAAAAAAGUUAUCUGUGAUGCGCAUCUGGAGGCAAAGUGCAAUGCUUUUUGCAAACGAAAUUGUGAUUUUGCCAACAUGUCCUAUAUGUGUGAAUUAGAGAAUAUUUUUUAAUUUAUGAAAUCUUUUUUUCACAUUUUUUAAUGUUUUUGUUCUUCGAAAUAUGUGAAAUAUACUACUAAAUAUUACA